GGGAAGUUGACCUGGAGAGAGACAUUAAAGAGCACACAGACAAUACAGAAUAUGACGACAAGUAAAAAAAAAAAAAACACCUGAAAGACGUUGCAUCUGCAGGCUGCACACACUGACACUGCUGCCUGGUGACUUCAGUGGCUGAAGAAAAAAUAUAUUUCAACCACAUCCUCUACCCACCACAGUAACCCCAACUUUUUUCCUUCAACACAGCAGAAUCACUGACCACAGUUGUUGCCUGUGUAGGCAACAUGUGACUGAACGAACCAGUAUAAAAAGUGAGGGUACGUUAAAGAAAUUCAAAGAUGAAGAUGAUGGGGAUGAUGACGACUCCUGUUGUGCUGGUCACCUGCAUCUCACUUUUGUCCUCCAUGGCUGUCCUGGCCUCUCAGAGCAACUUUGGACCAGACAAAUGCUGUUUCACCUUCAUAUCCCAGCCCUUGCCUGUGAAGAGGGUGAUGAGCUUCAGAGAAACUAAUCGUCAGUGUCCGAAAGCUGGUGUGCUCUUCACGAUGAAGAGUGAAAGGAAAAUCUGUGCCGAUCCAUCCCUGGACUGGGUCAAGAAGAUCAUGCAGGUCAAAGAAAAAUCAAUCCCCCCACCCUCCAGCCCUGCAAAAAAAUGAAAUGAAAUCAAAAUUUUCUGAAUUAUUUUUGAUUAAUAUAAAAUGUACGACUCUCUGCAGAUGGUUUUAAUAAAUCCAAAAGGAACUCCUGA